GAUCUUUGUUAUUGCAGGCUGAUGGAAAACUACACCUACAACAGCUUCACACUCCAGCUCGAGGGGUUAAAUAUCCCAAAGGACUCUGUUUACCCUGUCUUUCUCUUCUUUUUUUUCUCCUAUAUUUUAAUAAUGGUUUUGAAUAUAGGCAUUGCAUUUCUGGUUUUCAUUGACAAGAAUCUCCACCAGCCCAUGUACCUCCUUUUUUGCAACCUGCCAGUCAAUGAUAUUGUAGGAAAUUCAAUCAUGGUGCCCCGUUUGCUUAUCGAUAUGUUGCUGCCUCCCUCUGAACGCAUCAUCAGUUAUUAUGAAUGUGUGAUUCAAGCUUUCGCCACACACAUGUUUGGUACAACAGCUCACACUGUGCUCAUGAUUAUGGCCUUUGACAGAUAUGUUGCCAUCUGCGAUCCUCUACGCUAUGCUGCCAUAAUGACCAAAAGAGUGGUGAUCAAGCUGACAGUUUCUGCUUGGGGAGUUUCCUUUGUGUUGGUUGGGAUUCUGCUCGGUCUGACCAUACGGCUGAACCGAUGCAGGACUCUGAUCAUGAAUCCUUACUGUGACAAUGCCUCAAUUUUUAAGCUCUCCUGUGAGAGUGUGUUUAUUAAUAAUGUCUAUGGCCUCACUUUCACUGUAGUCUUACUUACAUCUUCUAUAGGAAGCAUUGUUCUCACCUAUACUAAGAUAACAGUCAUUUGUCUGACUAGUAAGAACAAGUCUUUGAACAGUAAGGCCUUGAAGACCUGUAGCACUCAUCUAGUUGUGUAUCUGGUAAUGCUGCUAAGUGGAAUGAUUGUCAUUUUGCUGCAUCGCUUCCCACAGUACUCUGACUACAGGAAGCUCUCUGCAAUUCUGUUUCAUAUCAUCCCUGGCAGCCUGAACCCACUAAUAUAUGGGGUGCAGUCUGCAGAAAUCUGCAAAUCCUUGUCAAAAUUAUUCAGAUCUAAACCAGUUAUGCCUUUUAGUUGA